AUGGCACAUGUUUCUUCAGAAGUUCAAGAUGUUUCUCCUAAAGAUCGAUCAACUGGUUCAGGAACCUCUGCUGGGUCUCUCUUGUAUGAUUACACAUCCACUGGGGACUCAGACUUGAGACUGAUGAUUGAGGAAAAUGCUUUUCAGGCUCUGUCUGAAGGAUCCUUGCUAAAAAGACCACGUUACACAUUUUGCGUCUCUGAAGCAGAUGACAAUAAUGAUUUUCUUUCUCUGACUUUUCCCAGAAAACUUUGGAAAAUAAUUGAAAGUGACCAAUUUAAGUCAAUUUGGUGGGAUGAAAAUGGAACUUCUGUAGUGAUUAAUGAAGAACUUUUUAAGAAAGAAGUUUUGGAGAGAAAGGCCCCAUUCAGGAUAUUUGAAACUGAGAGUAUGAAAAGCUUAGUUCGACAGCUUAAUCUCUAUGGGUUUAGUAAAAUUCGACAGAAUUUUCAAAGAUCUGCUUCUCUAGCUGAUUUUCUGGCAGAAGAAAAAGAAGUCUCUGCUUUAAGCAAGUUACAGUUCUACCAUAAUCCCAAUUUUAAACGAGGCUGUCCUCAACUGUUAGUAAGAAUGAAGAGAAGAGUUGGGAUUAAAAAUGCUUCUCCAGUGCCUGCUUCAUUAGUUCAAGAUUUCAGCAAGAAGCACUUCAGAGCAGGGGGUCAUGUAGAUAACCAGAAUUCUGGUUUAGUUGCUGAAACUGGUGGAGAAAGUUUACUUUCAACUUCUACAAAUUUACAUAUACCUUUAUUAAGGAAGCCUUCUACCAGCCAGAUAAUUACUAAUACAGCUGCCCCAAUCAGAGGUGGUUUUUCUCGUCCAUCAUUAACUUCACAUAGACCAUCAGAGCAAAUGCUAACAGACCAACAUGCUGUUUUAAAUCAGCUGACCAGUUUUCACAUGCACUCACAUAGCAGCUGUUCUCACGCAAACGGUCACAUUGUAAACUUUGUUACAGCUACAACUUCUCAGUCCCACAUUAUCUCUCCCGUACAGAGCAGUUAUUUUGGAAUGAUGGUGGACCCUUCUACUUUCCCAACUGGGUAUUCUGAUUUAUCAGCCAAUGAGGCUCCUUUUUCUAACAUCUUAGGAGCAGGCAAUCCAUGGUUCCCUAGGCCUAUGACAGCUGAUACAUCUGCCACCACUCUUUCAAGGUUAACUCAUCAGCCGUCUUCAUUACACCAACAUCAUCCUAAUUACAACUGA